AUGGAACGUGCACGACAAAUUCGUCAACAGUUAGGUGAUUCGGUUGCUGGUGAUUUUAAAGCAAAAUCAGCAUCAGUGGACAACAUAACCGUCGAUGAAUGGAAGAUACGAUUGCCAUUAAUAAUUGAUCAAUACAAUCCUAAUGAUAUCUAUAAUGCUGACGAAACUGGAUUAUUCUUCAAAGCAUUACCUGAUCGUUCACUUGUUAUUGCUAAAGAAAAAUGCAAGGGUGGAAAGAAAUCCAAAGAACGUUUCACAAUUCUUCUUUGUACCAAUAUGACCGGUACCGACAAACUAAAGCCACUUGUUAUAGGUAAGUUUCCUAUAGCAAUUGAGUCAGUUUUAUUAACUUGCAUACUAACUUUCGUUGCAGGCAAGGCAGCUAAACCGCGCUGCUUUAAAAAUCUGAAUGUUACUGAAUUGCCUGUUAAAUGGCGAUCAAAUAGUUCGAGCUGGAUGACAGCUAGUCUUUUCGACGAUUGGCUCAAAAGUGUGAAUAAAACAAUGAUGAGUCAAAAACGCAAGAUUUUACUAUUUAUUGAUCAUGCGUCCUGUCAUAAUCCAGAAUCACAAUAUUCCAAUGUGACUGUGAAAUUUUUUCCUGUGAAUACAACGUCAAAGCUUCAACCUCUUGAUCAAGGGAUUAUAAAAAAUUUCAAGUGCUACUAUCGUCAAUACCUUGUAAAACAUAUUAUAUGUCGAUGUGCUGUUGCCAAGUCUUGUGAAGAUAUUGUUAUUACAGUGUUAGAUGCAGUUCAUUGGACGAAUAAUGCUUGGAAAGCUGUCAAUCAAUCAACUAUUUGCAAUGCAUUUCAAACUUCAGGUUUUAAAUGUUCAAUUAUCCAACCAACGGUCAAUGUGAUGACUGAUAUUUCUACACUAUUGGACCAACAAUGUGAUGCUGAUGACGUACCAUCAGCAUUACAGACUUUAGAUAUGCUUCUUGCUCACGUUAAAAUCGGUGAAGAACGUCUUUCUGCAAGCGAAUUCGUCGAAAUGGAUUCUGAAAUUCCAGUUUUCAAUGAGGGGAACGAUCCCCUUGACAAACAAGUUAACAUCGAUGAAACUUUUAGGAAUCAAAUAAUCAGUCAAAAUAACGACGAUAUCAACAUUAUCGGAGAAGAAGACGAUGUACCGGCUGAAACACCACCGAAGCUUGUUGAAGCCAUGGAGAUGGUCAGACGACUACACCUUUUAGCUGCUAUGGAACAACCACAACUGCAUCAUGUUAUUUCUCAGCUUGACUCACAACUUACUCAACUCUUCAUUGAAUCACAAGGACUUAAGCAAACAACAAUUGAAGAUUUUUUUCACAAAAAAUGA